AGGCUUUUCAAAGAAGAGUCACACGUUCCUGCCUAAGAUAUUUAGAAAAAUGUCUACUCAGUCAGCCAAAGAAAGGCCUGAAAGCUUGCAGUACCCAUUCCUUGAUGAUGAUGAUACCAUCUCCACGGUUAAAGAAUCUAAAACCUUUUUUAUUUUAAGAGGCCUGCCUGGCAGUGGAAAGUCCACUCUGGCCCAGGCUAUUCAAGAUAGAUAUAAAGAUGCCUGCAAGGUGAUUUCUGUCGAUACCUAUAAAAUUGUACCUGCAAUAAGAAGCACUGUUCCUGAAGAGUAUUCAAAGGUUGAUGAGGAUCUAGUUGACUAUUGCAAACGAGACAUCAGCAUUAUCAUUUUGGAUGACACUCACCAUGAAAAGGAACGACUGGAUCAACUGUUUGAUAUUGCUGACAAAUACCAGUACAAAGUCAUCUUUGUGGAGCCAAAAACACAGUGGAGAACAGAUUGCUUGCAACUUAAGGAAAAGAAUCAAUGGAAACUGUCAGUGGAAGAGCUGAAGAAGAUGAAACCAAGCUUGGAGAAAGAAUUCCUACCCAUGUAUUUUGGGUGGUUUUUGAGCAAAAGAAGUUCAGAGAUCCUGAGGAAGGCUGGACAGGCCUUCUUAGAUGAGCUUGGAAGUCUUAAGGCCUUCAAAAAGGAGAGUAAAUACUUUGCUUCUGCAGUUGAAGAUCCCAAAAUAAAAAUAGAUCUCACCAGCUACUUUGUGAAGAGGCCACCUGGAGUCUUACACUGCACCACAAAAUACAUGGAUUUUGGAAAAGCGCCUGGAGCUGAGGAAUAUGCCCAACAAGAAGCUGUGAAGGCUUCCUACGGCAAAGGCUUUACUUUGGCCCUUUCGGCUCUGUUUGUCACACCAAAAACUGUCGGAGCUCGCGUGGAAUUGAGUGAGCAGCAGCUGCUGCUCUGGCCGGGAGAUGCCGAUAAGAUAACGCCCGCAGACAACUUUCCAAAAGGCAGCCGGGCGCACAUCACCCUUGGCUGUGCCAGUGGCGUAGAAGCAGUCCAGACUGGGCUCGAUCUGCUGGAGUUUGUAAAACUGGAAAAGGCAGGGAACAAAGGUGAAGACGUGGGGGAGAUCGGAGGAGGGAAACUGCAGUAUUUUGAUAAUGGUAUGUGGAUGCUUGUGCUUUCUAAAAAGAUUGAUGUGAGGGCAACGUUCUCGGGUUACUACGGCAAAGGAAAACUUGUGCCUACACAGAGCACCAACAAACGGGGCUCUGCUUUUAGUUCCUGCACCAUCAUCUAAUAGUAUGGGCAGGGUAGCUUGUUUGUUUAUUACCAUUUGUUCAUUUGUUUUUUAAAGCAAGUAACUCCUGUAACCUUUAAAAUUGUAAAGAGAAAUAAUUGUACCUUUACUAAAUAAGUCCUUUUGCCAACUCCAGUAUGUCUCCAGGGAGACAGUUUAUUGGCCUCAGGAAGUGACUCUUGACUGACAAAGGAAAAACCAAAUAGACCAAAACAGUCAAGUAGAUAAAAAUAUGGCAGUAACUAAGUGCUGAAUGUUUUUUUUUUUUUUUUUAAAUGGAAGAGUUUUGGAGAGACCUAGCUGUGCUGCUCUGCUUGUCUGCUUCCUCAGAGGAAGAUCUCCUAUGAGCUUUUUUAACUUCCCUCUGAACCACAAUUGUUAGAUCGUUACGUGUCAGUACUAUAUGAUUGAGCAGUGGCAGACCAAAGCCUGUAACAGGUCUGAAGCCAGGGGAAGUGAACUGUAUAAUGCCUCCCCCCCUUUCCCAAAGCUGAGAGACUAAUAUCAGCAAUUCUGGUAGCUGAAUUACUAGGUUAAAAAAAAAAAAAAAAGUAAGGUAAUUACCCAAUUAUGGGUAAUUUCUGUCAAACAUGACAGUUACUACUUAGUAGUCUAGUCUCUAAGAGCAAAGAAUUAUAAAGGACAUCAGGGUAUCCAAAAGCCUUGGUUAGAGCCCAGCCUCUCGCGUCCACGUGGCUGCCCAGGCCUGGGCUAUCCCAGCUUCAUGCUCACUAUUAGCGUGCGAAGGCCUCCAUGGACAGAAGGAAAGUGCAUUGCCAGAAGAUGUCUUGAGGACAACUACUAUGGGUUAAAAGAAAAGUCCCAGAAAGGGAAACAAGCUAAGUAUCAGGAGAGCUAUUCAGUUCCUGUAACAUGGCUCCAGUCAUUUUCAAAGCAUGUGUCAAAUUGGGCUGGACCAAGUACUGUCCAGUGUCCUUAUCCUGUAGGAACAAUCCUGCCUUGGCAGGGAAUGGAAGAGAUGAACUAGGGUCUUUUCCAUCUUAUUUUAUAGAAACUAAAAUCAUGUCUGAAGUAUAGAACUGUACUUCAAACAAGAUUUUACUACAUUUAUCUAAUGUACUUGAAUGUUAAAAGUUAGGAUGGAAGUAACAUUGUAAUUUAGGAAGUAAAUGGAGGUACUGUAACAAAACUUAAGUCCGCUCAAAUCUAAUUUUUUUUUCAGCUGGUUGUUUAAUGUUCAAACUCUUCUGUUAAGUCUGUCUUACUGCAGCUUCUGUUUUUGCUCUUAAGUGAAACUCUUUGCCAGUUAGUCACAUAUUGCCGUUACCUUACUAUACACUUAGCACAACUAAUGGGAUUCAGGUCAGAACAACAGUUUAAGCUCAUGCUAUGGCUCAGUGUUUGGUGAACUGUAUAUCGAAAUUAAUCCAGUACUAAUAUGUAAAUGCUUACUGUAUUUGAAAAGCAUGUGCUGGGUUCGUAUCUGCAAAGGAGCUGUCAUGUGGACACAGCUUAUCAGCAGCCGUGCACACAUCGAAAACAUUGCUUACCAAGCCCGACGCUGCACAAGAAACAUUUCCUCUCUGUUUAAAACAGAAGCCAGGUGCGCUUUGGGGCUAAUCUGGUACACACUGUGCAAGCUUGCUGGUUAAGCAAAAAAGCUCCUGCUGUUUCAAAAAGAUGGGUGAUGGAAUAAAUUCCCAUUAUACCUUCAAAAAAAACCCCAAACCAACAAUCCAAAAACCAAAACAUGUAAUCCCCCCAUACUUUCAACAGAAUAAGAGUUGCUAGCUCUUGUUAGAAACUAUUUGAGAAAGCCACCAGCAAAGUUGGGAGUGCCUGAUGCUCACCUUAGGCAUUUCCUAACAGGAAAAAUCAUAUAUGGCUUUAUUCUAUCAAAAGAAAAAAGAAGCAUUUUAAAGCAUCAGCCGAACAGCUCCUGCAACAGGGUAGGAGCAGGCUGAAUCCCCUCUCCUUUCAGUGCUCUGGUAUCAUAACCCAACGCUCCAGAUUACAUCCAGCACCGACAUACGCAGCUAGAAUAUCUACUUCAUUUGCCUGUUCAAGAACAACAGUGAGACUGUCGUCAUUUAAGUGUUUAUUAGUUUGUACAUCAUAUACAGUUUAUAAUAAAGUAAACCAAUUGCA